GCACGGGUGCGGCUGUGUGCCGCCGGCCCGGCCCGCUCCCGGAGAGCUGCCGGACGCUCGGUUUCCAUGGGGCGAUCGGCGAGGAUCCCCCACCCGGCCCGACCCGCGGGAGGAGCCGGAGGAGGAGGAGGAAGAGGAGGCUCCCGUUUCGCCUCCUUGGGAUGCCGCUGCUGAGCCAUGGGAGAGGCCGGGGAAGCGGCCAGCGAGCCCCGAGGGGGACUGUGACGGCCACCGGGACCCACCUCGCCCACCCUCUACCCGCGGGGAGAAAGCGCUCCCCGCCCGCGCCUUUUCCUCUCCAGGCACCAGAAUCCCAGGUGCCAGUCAGCCAGGUGGGAAGAAGGCUUGCGUUAUUGGAGAGCCCCAACAGCGGAAUUCAUCUUCAGCCUCAGCUUUGGAGAUGCAUUCACCUUGUUCAGCUUCUGCGGUAGCCAGGCAGUGCUGGGCCCUUCUCCCCAUCUGUGAGGGAUUCCGCAGGCUCUAGAAGCUCUUAAACCUGAUCUACAAUGGAAAAACUGCUUUUAUAUCUGCUGUUCAUUGGCAUAGCAGUGAGAGCACAGAUCUGCCCCAAGCGUUGUGUCUGUCAGAUUUUGUCUCCUAAUCUCGCAACCCUCUGUGCCAAGAAAGGGCUGUUAUUCGUCCCGCCCAAUAUUGACAGAAGAACUGUGGAACUGCGAUUGGCUGACAAUUUUGUUACAAAUAUCAAGCGGAAAGAUUUUGCCAACAUGACCAGCUUGGUGGACCUUACCCUUUCCCGGAAUACAAUCAGUUUUAUUACCCCCCAUGCAUUUGCCGACCUGCGCAAUUUGCGGGCCCUGCAUUUGAACAGCAACCGAUUGACUAAGAUCACCAACGACAUGUUUAGCGGACUUUCCAACCUCCACCAUUUGAUACUUAACAACAACCAGCUGACUUUAAUUUCCUCCACGGCCUUCGACGACGUCCUGGCCCUGGAGGAACUGGAUCUGUCCUACAACAACCUGGAGACCAUCCCCUGGGACGCCGUGGAGAAGAUGGUGAGCUUGCACACCCUCAGCCUGGACCACAAUAUGAUCGACCAUAUUCCCAAGGGGACUUUCUCCCACCUGCAUAAGAUGACGAGGUUAGACGUCACGUCCAAUAAAUUGCAGAAGCUGCCGCCCGAUCCGCUCUUCCAGCGAGCUCAGGUCCUGGCCACCUCAGGGAUCAUCAGCCCGUCCACCUUCGCGCUAAGCUUCGGGGGCAACCCCCUGCACUGCAAUUGCGAGUUGCUGUGGCUGAGGCGGCUCUCGAGGGAAGAUGAUCUGGAGACCUGCGCCUCUCCGGCGCUCUUAUCCGGGCGCUACUUCUGGUCAAUCCCAGAGGAAGAGUUUUUGUGUGAGCCUCCGCUCAUCACCAGGCACACGCACGAGCUGAGGGUGCUGGAGGGUCAGAGGGCCGCCCUGAGGUGCAAGGCCCGUGGGGACCCGGAACCGGCAAUCCACUGGAUCUCUCCGGAGGGAAAGCUCAUCUCCAACGCAACGCGGUCGCUCGUGUACGACAAUGGAACCCUGGACAUUCUCAUCACGACCGUUAAGGAUACGGGUUCUUUUACCUGCAUCGCUUCCAAUCCCGCCGGGGAGGCGACGCAGUCGGUGGAUCUGCAUAUAAUCAAGCUUCCUCACUUGCUGAACAGCACGAAUCACAUCCACGAGCCUGACCCCGGUUCCUCCGACAUCUCCACCUCCACCAAGUCGGGUUCCAAUGCCAGUAGCGCAAACGGGGAUACCAAAAUUAGCCAAGAUAAAAAAGUGGUCGUGGCAGAAGCGACGUCGUCGACCGCGCUGCUCAAAUUCAACUUUCAGAGGAAUAUCCCCGGAAUCCGUAUGUUCCAAAUCCAGUACAACGGUACUUAUGAUGAUUCACUUGUUUACAGAAUGAUACCUCCUACAAGCAAAACCUUUCUUGUCAAUAACCUGGCUGCUGGGACUGUCUAUGACUUGUGUGUCUUGGCAAUAUAUGAUGAUGGCAUCACUUCUCUCACUGCCACAAGAGUCGUGGGUUGCAUCCAGUUUACGACAGAACAGGAUUACGUCCGGUGCCAUUUCAUGCAGUCUCAGUUCUUAGGGGGGACGAUGAUUAUUAUAAUUGGUGGGAUUAUAGUGGCCUCCGUACUGGUCUUCAUCAUCAUUCUGAUGAUCCGCUACAAGGUCUGUAAUAACAACGGUCAGCACAAGGUGACCAAGGUGAGCAAUGUGUACUCUCAGACGAACGGGGCUCAGACGCAAGGCUGUGGCGGAGCCGUGGCCCCAUCCAUUUCCAAACAAGCUGUGGGACACGAAGAGAACAGCCAGUGUUGUAAAAUUCCUGGUGACGGCGGGACUCAGUCGUCAGACGUGUGUUCCAGUCAGGACUCGUCUACCACUACCUCUGCAUUGCCUCAUCCCUGGACUCCAAGUACUUCUGGGCCCCCAAAGCAGAAAAGAAAGACUGGAUCCAAGCCAAGCAACGAGCCACAGAACGAAGCCGUCACAAACGCCGAGUCCCAAAACACUAACAGGAAUAACUCCACUGCCCUGCAGUUAGCUAGUCGCCCUCCUGAUUCAGUCAAAGAGGCACCCAUGUAUAAAAGAGCACAAUCAAAGCCAAAUGCUUUGCUGACUAAUGUUGACGAGACUGUCCAUGAUACACAGAGGCUGGAGUCAAUCUGAAGAACAUCAGCAAUUUUCCAGCUCCAGAAAAAUAUUGCCACUGAUAUUUUUACUGGUAAAGCAUAAAGGGACUCCAACUCACAGAUGACUAACUAAUUUGUUGAACUGGUGCGCCAGGAUCUUUCCAUCUGAGACGAAGGCAGAAAGUCUCAGAAAUUGUUCAAAGUGACUCCAUCCAACUAUGUUUCCUCCCCAAUUCCCAGAAUUUUUUUUCCCCCAAACAUCUUUUCUGGCCUCCCAAGUAUUUUUUAAAAAAUAAAGAAAUAAAACAGACCCACGUUGGCAUCGACUUCUGUACCAACCCAUGUUAAGAGCUGCCAACCAUGCGUUCAAAGACUGUAGAACCUUGAGUAACCUAUAUCACUUUAACAAAUAAAUGUUUUACUAUUACAG